ACAAUUUUAGUUGGACCGACUGAUGUGGGUAAAACAACAGUGUGCCGAAUUCUUUGCAAUUACGCAGUAAGACAGGGAAGGUCUCCAGUAUUCAUUGACCUCGACGUUGGCCAGGGGAGUAUUUCCGUUCCUGGAACGAUCGGUGCUCUUUUCAUCAACAAAACUGCGGACGUUGUCGAAGGAUUCGACAGAUCGAAGCCAUUGGUUUACAAUUUCGGUCACAUAUCUCCGGGCGAAAAUCUGCCACUCUAUGAUAUACUGGUGAAAGAACUGGCCGAUUCCGUCACAGCGCGGUGUGCAACUCAUCCAGAAGCGAAUUUAGGAGGUCUCGUCAUCAAUACAUGUGGCUGGGUCACUGGAGAAGGGUAUGCUUGCAUUGUAUCAGCUGCUGAAGCAUUCGAGGUUGACGUUGUCGUUGUACUCGACCAUGAACGCCUUUACAAUGAAUUGCAACGAGAUUUGCCCACGUUUGUCAAGAUCAACAUGGAGGAGAAACGCAUGAGUGUGUUGUGUCCCCAGAGUUCAUUGACGCAUAAGGUUCUGGUCUGGACGGAUGUCACGUUUUUGGACGAUCAGAAUUCGUCUAUAAAUUUUGUACCGAUUGAUGCGAGCAAUAUCCGUUCUGUGAAAAUACUUCAUGCAGGGAUCUUUCCCGUAUUGUACUCCGACAAAUUUUUCGAUCAGAUUCUAAACAAUGAUCUGUGUGCUGCUGUCAUGUUAGACGGAACAUGUGUUGGAGUGGUAUGCUGUAAAUUUGAGAUAGUCGGCUGCACAAAGACCCUCUACAUUAUGUCAUUGGGAGUUCAUCCCCUAUAUCGUUGCCGUGGAAUAGGUGCAGAAUUGGUCGAUUUUGCCAUUUCUAAAGCUGUCAGCCACUGCGUGUCUGUGAUACGGCUUCAUGUUCAGGUGAACAAUUUCGACGCCAUUCACUUCUAUAGUAAGAGAGGGUUUUCAAUCGUUGAAACCGCUCACAAUUACUACCAUCGAUGCACUCCUGCAGAUGCUCACGUGAUGCACAAGUUUCUGUGA